ACUCCAUGCCAACUCUGAUGAUAGGGCUGCAAAUGCGCUCAAGCUCCCACAUCUUAUGGUUCAACUCGUCAACCCCAGCCCGCAUCCAAUUCCCCUCCACCCACAUAAUAACCCACGUGGCCUCCUCCUCCACCCUUCUCCUGUCGGCCAUCGCCAGCCAGAGGGCAGCCCUGGCCGCGCUCCUCACGCCGUAGGCAUAAUUCUCGAGCUUGUUUCUAGCUUCGGCCCUCCUCUUGUACUCCUCGUCCUCCCGCCUGUACCUCUCUGCAUCCCUCACUAUUCUCUCAAUCUCCUCUCUCGACGCCUUACCUCCUUCGUUGUGAUCCCGUUUGCGCUCCCCUUGGACCUCUCCUUAGCCGACACGCUCAGUAACCCGUCGACAUCGAUUUCAAACCACACGUCAAUGCUUGGCACUGCCCGAGGGGCCCGUGGGACUCCCUCCAGUGUUGUUCUCCGUCGACUUCGCCCGCUCCCCCUCGUAGACCUUGAAAUCCACACAAGUCUGGUUGUCAUAAAUCGUCGUGAACCAUUUCUCCUUCCGAGUAGGGAUUGGUGUGUUGCGAGGGACCACAACAUCCAUCACUUCCCCUUUUACCUCAAUACCGAGGGAGAGCGGGGUCACGUCGCAAAGGACGAGGUCCCGAACCUUGUUGUCCCUCACGCCAGUGAGGACGGCCGCUUGCACGGCGGCCCCGUAGGCAACGGCCUCGUCCGGGUUGAUGCUCCUACAGAGCUCCUUCCCGCUGAAAAAACUCUGCAGCAGACUCUGAACCCUGGGGAUCCUAGUCGAGCCUCCGACCAGGACUACGUCGUGGACGGCGGCCUUGUCCAUCCCGGCACUCCUGAGGCAGCUCUCGACUGGCUCGAUGCACUUUUGGAAAAGGUCAAUGUUGAGAUCCUCGAAUUUCGCACGGGUGAUGGUCGAGUGGAAAUCGAUGCCCUCGUGCAGGAACUCGACGUCCACAGUGGCGUGAGUGUUGGUGGAGAGAAUCCUCUUCGCCCGCUCGCCGGCGGUCCUCAGCCUCCGCAGGGCUCGGGGGUUUCCCGAAAUAUCCAUCUUGUGCUUGCGCUUGAACUCGGCCGCAAAGUGGGCGACUAUUCGGUUGUCGAAAUCCUCUCCUCCGAGGUGGGUGUCGCCCGCGGUGGCCUUCACGACGAAGGAGCCGUCGUUGAUGGUGAGGAGGGAGACGUCGAAGGUGCCGCCACCGAGGUCGAAGACGAGCACGUUUUUCGAACCUCCCCAGGCAGUAUUUGCCCUUUGGUUGAGGCCGUAGGCAAUGGCGGCGGCCGUGGGCUCGUUGAUGAUGCGGAUGACGUUGAGGCCGGCGAUCGCGCCGGCGUCUUUGGUGGCCUGGCGCUGGGAAUUAUAUGUCAAGUAUAUGCAAUUGUUUUUUACAAGCUACAACCCACGAGACUCCAUGCCAAAUUUGAUGAUAGGGCUGCAAAUGCGCUCAAGCUCCCACAUCUUAUGGUUCAACUCGUCAACCCCAGCCCGCAUCCAAUUCCCCUCCACCCACAUAAUAACCCACGUGGCCUCCUCCUCCACCCUUCUCCUGUCGGCCAUCGCCAGCCAGACGGCAGCCCUGGCUGCGCUCCUCACGCCGUAGGCAUAAUUCUCGAGCUUGUUUCUAGCUUCGGCCCUCCUCUUGUACUCCUCGUCCUCCCGCCUGUACCUCUCUGCAUCCCUCACUAUUCUCUCAAUCUCCUCUCUAGACGCCUUACCUCCUUCGUUGUGAUCCCGUUUGCGCUCCCCUUGGACCUCUCCUUAGCCGACACGCUCAGUAACCCGUCGACAUCGAUUUCAAAGCACACGUCAAUGCUUGGCACCGCCCGAGGGGCCCGUGGGACUCCCUCCAGUGUUGUUCUCCGUCGACUUCGCCGGCUCCCCCUCAUAGACCUUGAAAUCCACACAAGUCUGGUUGUCAUAAAUCGUCGUGAACCAUUUCUCCUUCCGAGUAGGGAUUGGUGUGUUGCGAGGGACCACAAUCACUUCCCCUUUUACCUCAAUACCGAGGGAGAGCGGGGUCACGUCGCAAAGGACGAGGUCCCGAACCUUGUUGUCCCUCACGCCGGUGAGGACGGCCGCUUGCACGGCGGCCCCGUAGGCAACGGCCUCGUCCGGGUUGAUGCUCCUACAGAGCUCCUUCCCGUUGAAAAAACUCUACAGCAGACUCUGAACCCUGGGGAUCCUAGUCGAGCCUCCGACCAGGACUACAUCGUGGACGGCGGCCUUGUCCAUCCCAGCACUCCUGAGGCAGCUCUCGACUGGCUCUAUGCACUUUUGGAAAAGGUCAAUGUUGAGAUCCUCGAAUUUCGCACGGGUGAUGGUCGAGUGGAAAUCGAUGCCCUCGUGCAGGAACUCGACGUCCACAGUGGCGUGUGUGUUGGUGGAGAGGAUCCUCUUCGCCCGCUCGCCGGCGGUCCUCAGCCUCCACAGGGCUCGGGGGUUUCCCGAAAUAUCCUUCUUGUGCUUGCGCUUGAACUCGGCCGCAAAGUGGGCGACUAUUCGGUUGUCGAAAUCCUCCCCUCCGAGGUGGGUGUCGCCUGCGGUGGCCUUCACGACGAAGGAGCCAUCGUUGAUGGUGAGGAGGGAGACGUCGAAGGUGCCGCCGCCAAGGUCGAAGACGAGCACGUUUUUCGAACCUCCCCAGGAAGCAUUUGCCCGUUGGUUGAGGCCGUAGGCAAUGGCGGCGGCUGUGGGCUCGUUGAUGAUGCGGAUGACGUUGAGGCCGGCGAUCGCGCAGGCUUUCGGCGCUUGGAGGAGAGACGAGAUGAGGAAUUCGCAGCCUUACGCUUUUUUGAAGUUUUGCCACCCGCCAUGGAUGAAUUGAGGCGAAUGAAAAAUAGGGGCCGGAUGGCUAGCGUGUGGCAGUAUAUAAUGGAGUUAGAAUCA